CUAUACAAAUGGUAUUUAUUAUCCUCAAUAAUGUAUAAGCUUACUUGAAAGCUCUCCUCGAGACUGUUUUGGUGCAAGAACGGAGGAAGUAAAAAUAAAUAUUUUUAUAAUCAUGCUACAUUACGCCCCACCUGGACUUCUCUGCAGGGACAGACAGUCAAGUUGGGGUCAACAUGAGUGACCCGAAAAAACCCAAGUGGGUCUAGCCAAGCCAAGGCUCGUUCUUAUCAGCUUGGACUGUGGUGUUGCUGGGUGUGUGUCGUGUGUAGCCUGAAGUGGAGAGGAAACACAAGACUGUUUUCGCUGCAAAAAGCGACAAGCAGCUCGUGAAUUAUUUCGGCAACACGACUUUGUUUAGUGCUAGAAGUUAGCUAGUGAAUUAUUUAAAGAGUAAGUCUUCAGAGAUAUUAUUACCAUGAACAGGGGAGCUCCAAGUGUGAACAGGGGAUCUCCAAGUGUGAACAGUCCAAGUGUGAACAGGGGAUCUCCAAGUGUGAACAGGGGAGCUCCAAGUGAGAACAGAGGACUAGGGUGGUCUCUUCCUCACCUGUCUUCCAGAAUACUGCCAUCAACUUGUGACCAUUGCUGUAUUAGAAGUUCCCCAGUGUCUACAAUCAAAAAUGUCAAAUACAGCAUUCGAUCCAUGCAAGUCGAGGACAUUCCCAAGCUGCACGCUCUCCUGGCAGAGAAUAAAUGGAAUAUGGAAUUAGAUUACCUGAACUGCAUAUUUUCCACGGAUCCCACCGGGCUUUUGAUAGUGGAGGAUGAACAAGGGAACGUCAUAGGCCAUAACGGCAUACUGAAACAUGGGAGUCACUUGGCGUCUUUUGGCAUGAACAUCGUUAAAGAUGGUUACAGGGAGCUGGGCAUCGGCAAGAAGCUUUUGCAGGCUACCAUGGAGCUGAUGGGAGACAGAAAUGUUGGCAUGAACUCUCUAUCCAACCGAGUCACGUUCUACGAGCAGUUUGGUUGGAAGGUCUCUUCUUUCACACUGAGCUACAACCAAGGAAAGGUUAAUCUGGACUUCAUCAAACACCCACUUGCGGUUGGUUUUGAACUGAUGUCAUCGGACAAUGUAAGCUUCGAGGAACUAUUCAGCUACGACACAGAAAUCCACACAGUCCCGAGAAAAAGGUUUCUAGACUUUUGGAUCAAUCACAAAAAGGCGCAGAGCUUUGUGGCAGUUCGUUCAGGGAAGAUUGUGGGAUACUGUGUACUGAGACCUGCAGACGUUGGAUGGAAAAUGUACCCCCUCUAUGCAGAUGACAAAAAUGUAGCACAUGCGUUGUUUUGCAAGGCAGUGUCUUUGAUUCCAAAAGGGGAAGACCUGAUCUUCACUCUUCCAGUUGAAAACGAGGAAGCCAACAAAUUAGCGAAGGGUGCUGGAUUGGUGCAGUAUCUGUCAAUGCCAAGAUUGUAUAACAAAUGGAAUGUUGUUAUGGAUUUGACACGUGUAUAUUCCGUAGCCUCCACUGAGUAUGCCAUUGUAUAGAGACUCUUGAGACUUAGACGUAGACUUGAAUUAUAAAUUCCUAUGCCGGGCUCGUCAUGUCUGCUGCUUCGGUCUUUAUAAAAAAACAACCCACAUUACUAAGCUUGUGCACACCAUGGAUUCCCAAAUGAAGGGCAAAAAUCAGUAUCACUAUGGACAAAAGUGCAUACAACCUUUCUCUACUUGCUCUUCGUUUGGUUCAAAAGAGAGUAAAACUGUGCGAUCCGUGGUGAACGCAACGGAAUUAUGUCAGUGCAAAAAUUGGAUUUAUAAUACAAGUCUAUGGGCUUAAACAAGAAACUGUGAAUAAUCAGACAAUGUUUAUCGUACAUGUAGACACGUUCACGUCUGUUUUGAUAACUGGCCAUUGCCUACUCAUUUACACUUUUCCUAAAGUUAUUUCAAACCAAUGACAUUAGCUGUAGCUCAAAUCAUAGCAAAAAUUCAUGUCAUUUUCUUGUCAAUGGCUGUUUUACAAGGGUGAUUGCAGGCGCUCCCUGGUAUCAUGCUGGGCUACGAGGCUGAUGACCCUGGUUUGAAUCCCAAACUGGGGGUUAUUGAACUGUGGUUGUUUGUGGAGUUUUCAAAGCUCUCAACCUAUUUGACCCAAUUCUAUCAGAGAUUGACGUCAAAAUUUGAGGUCCUGCCUUUUAAAUAACAAUUUUUAUAGGGGCGUUAACUCUUAAAGGAUGUGAGGGACAAAUCUGUCAUAUAGCAGACUCAAGGCCAUGUUGUGGCUCGUUCCGAACUGUACAACACAAAUCAGCAACUCGAAUCUAUCUUGCAUAUUUAAUAGUACCGGUUUGUGUGUUGCGGUUGGC